CAGGCCGCUCGAGCCGGCAGUCUCCCAGCACAAGCCGCCCAGUUCGCAGGCCAGUCCGCUCCGUCUCCGACUGUCUCCGACACCCAGUCCGCGCCCAGCUCUCGUGUCCCGUUCGCGCACGCGGUCGUGUCCCGGUCUCUUCACCACCACCACCAACACACAAACUCCCUCACCAUGGCCGACGGUGGCGUCAAGAGAAACAUCCCCAUCAAGCACAUGGGCGACUUCAGCGUCCUGGACUCCGAGUUCAGCAACAUCCGCGAGCGCUUCGACAACGAGAUGAAGAAGAUGGAGGACGAGAUGACACGCUUCCGGUCGGAGCUCAUGAACCACGAGAGCAACUUCUUCAAGACUUCAACCAGCCACAGAUCGGAGACGUCAGAAACCAAGACAUCGAGCAGCAGCACGUCCAGCGGUUCAAUACGAGACUCCGGCCCCGGUCUAUUAGGCUCAACAAAGUUUCCAAACUUCCCUCCAAUGGGCUCCUUCUCCGAAAAAUUCUCCAGCACCACCAGUUCGUCCAACACCACGCAACAGAACCAGGGAGUGAGCCCCGCGGCCGGCGCCGGCGGCCCCAACACCUGGCUGGACGGCCUCCACAGCCCCCUCAUCCAGGAGGACGGCGGCGACAAGAAGCUCAAGCUGCGCUUCGACGUCUCGCAGUACGCGCCCGAGGAGAUCGUGGUCAAGACCGUCGACAACAAGCUCCUGGUCCACGCCAAGCACGAGGAGAAGACGGACAGCAAAUCAGUGUACCGUGAAUACAACCGAGAGUUCCUCCUGCCCAAGGGCACCAACCCCGAGUCCAUCAAGUCGUCCCUGAGCAAGGACGGCGUCCUCACCGUGGAGGCCCCCCUGCCCCAGAACGCUCUCGGGCCCGCGGAGAAGAUGAUCCCCAUCGCCCACUGAGGCGCCCUCCCCGCCCCGCCUGUCCUCGCACCGCGCCCCGCAUCGCCCCGCCACGCCUCGCCACGCCCCUGCGCGCCUGCCGCCGCCACUUGCUUGUUCGUCUCUACGUUUGAAGCAGUGGACUUACAUGAGCUACCUGCGAGCCCUUUGGACCGGGCCGCUCAGCGCGUAGGGUGCAAGAAAAAAAAGUACAUCAAAAAUGAGAAGCUAACCCACAUGUGGCCGCUAUGGUGCAAACAAAUUAUUUAUUUAUUUGUACUUUAAAAGUAUUAAUAACCGUACGUCUAUGUUGGCAUUAUUAAUAAUAAUUUAAGCGCCUAACGGACAUGGAUAUAGGAACGGACAGUCUGUUGUUUUGUUGAAGAAUGCAUUUUGGUUUGAAUGGUAUAUUUGUAAGAUUUUAUGAAGCUACAUUAGCUUUACUGAUGAAAUCCGUACGAGCCCAGUUUGCUUAAAAUUUUAGUCACGACUUUCGAUCGUCAAUUUGUAUUAGUGAUAAUUCUGAUUCUGGAUGACCUCGUAGCAAAUUUAAAGUAUUACUGCCUGUAAACUGUAGACAACCUAGUCGGCCGCGUUAAAUAUGUGCAAUGUUUCGCAUAGGAAUUAAGUCUGCUUUUAGCAUUUUCACCAGUGAUUUAUUUGCUAGAGAUGCGAACUUUUAUUUGUUGUCUGUUAUUUGUAGACUCUAGAACAAUUGACCCCUCCCUAUAUUCCAGGACUAUGUUUAUUUUUCCAGAAUUAUGACCUUUUCGUCCAACCCUUAACCAUCCUAAAAAAUGGUUUCUAAUGGAUAUUUUUUUGACUGUUUUGUAUUUUUCAAUGUAUAGCAUUCUUAUGUGACAUAUUUUUGUUCUUUUAAAUAAAUUUAGACGUUGUUA